AUGUCGAACGGAGAGAACGAACCUACUAGCUCUACCCCAAGCACUACUGAUCGUGAUGGUGAUACUUCCAUGACUGGAAACCAAGCCCAUGAUGCAAACAACGAUACAAGCAAGGAUAGCCAAGGAGAUGCUGGAUCGGUCUCGUCAGGUGGCAAUACCACUGAUAUGGAUUCGAAAAACGCAUCUAAGCAACAAAAAAGUCAUAAGAAAAAGUCGCGCAAGGAUAAGAAAAUCAAGGACCAGGAACCUACCACCAAGGAGAAUCCAAAGGAUGUCACUCGUCAACUUGUGGAUCGCUAUCGUGCCAAAUUGGACAAGCUCAUCAUGAUGUACAACAAGGCUCUACCUACUGCUUCCACAGAGAACUUGAAAGGACUCCAAACAGACAUUGCAAAUACAAGAAAGCUUCUUACCCAAUUCAAGGACACUUACAAGGAGGUCUAUGCUGAUGAACCCGAAACAAGUGGCAAUACCACUACCCGAAACAAGAGCAAGGCUGUGGAUCGUAUGACAGCAAAGGAUGUUCCCUUCUUCCAGUUGGCUGGCUCUGCUACCAAGGAUUCAAGCAAACCUGUAUAUGAAACGGUGGAUCAUUUUUUGGGUCGCUUUCGUAAGAUCGUAGAAGCAAAUACCUCUGAUCACAUCAACAAUCAAUGGGCCAAAUGGCUAUCCUUGGCAUUCCCUCAUCAUCUGGACCUGUGGUACGAAACGAAGCUACAAGGCAAGGACUACCCAUGGAACAAGGUCUGCAAGAUUGUCAAAAAGCGCUUUCAAGCCAUCGAUACGGAGCUAGCCAAAGCAACCGAGGUAUACAACAUGACAAUGCGCCCUGGAGAAGAUGUCGUUGAAUAUGGAACCCGAUUCCGAAAUGCGGCUAGAGAGGGUGGCCUUGAUGACAACCAAGGUUUGGCAAUGCGUUUUCUUGCUUCGUUGCAUCAUCAUAUACAAGACAACGUGAGCGUUGUUUGGCAUGCGCACCACCACAAGCGUAAACCCAAGAAUCUUGAAGAAAUCCUUCGUGUUGCUGGACGUGUCUCUGUCAAAAAACGCACGCUUCCUGCGCAAAGCGAACCAUCUUCGCAACGUCGCAAAUCGUCAUCCAGCAAGGCCAAGUACUGGUGCCCACACCACGAUCGCUAUGUGGAACAUCGUCCCGAAGACUGCAAGAAAGCUGAUACCAAGAACAAGUCAUCAAGCAAGGACUCCACUACUACAGCUGAAGACCGUUUCAAACGUGGUGAAUGUGUCCAUUGCGGUGGAAAAUGGGACAAGGGUCACCGUUGCCAAGAGUACCGUGAUGCUCACAAAAGAAAAAGAGACCUCAAGUUAUCCAACCUGCAACUCAACACCAUGACUGCUGAAACUUCCCCUGACAUGUCGCAUCCCGCUGAUGAAGCAUUGCACGACUUUGAUCAAGACAUGGCUGAUCUCGAUCAGCUCGCUGCCGGUAAGCAAUUGGGCAAUACCCAAAAACACCAUGAAUCAGAAACGCUAAUACGUUCUCCUAUCCUUAUACAGAAUAAGCGUUGCCUAGCAUUAAUUGACUCAGGUGCAGAAAUUUCUGUUGUGAAUAAAAGAUUAUGUGAUGCAAACAAUUGGUCUAUUAAUCACGUGGAUGGGAAAAUAUGGUAUGCCGGUAGUGGAGAUGCCCGUCCAAGAAUUGGCACAACAGCACCUUUGCACAUUAGCUAUAAUGGUCAUAAACCUACUUUUAGCUUUGAGGUUAUGAAUCUCGCACACGAUGAUGUGAUCAUAGGCAAAGACCUAAUGCCACUAAUCGGUAUCGCCCUCACAGGACUAGCCUUUAAAUGGGAUGAUGAUGACUCGAUUUCAGAUUCACCAUCCACUUUGGAUAUGGUUGAACAAGAGCAUAAUGAGCCUAACAAUUCCCCAGCAGGCACACCUAACGAGCGACACGACUUUGAGCGCCAAAUCAAACCCUUCAUGGAAGCCAAUGCACGUAUCCCUAAAGCAUCAUACUGCAAUUUGGAAGAAUCAGUGAUAGAGCUCCCUACUCCAGGCGUUCAUUCUUCCUAUCAUCGUCAAUAUCCAAUACCAUUCAGCCUAAGACCUGCUGUCGAUGCUGCUGUCAAGAAAUGGUUGGAAGAUGGUGUCAUUAUUAGAGCACCUGUGAACAAUGCAUGGAAUAGCCCUCUUACUCUCGCACCCAAAAAAGACGCACAGGGCAACAAAACCGGAAUGAGACCAUGUCUCGAUCCACGCCAUAUCAACCGAUACCUACCUGAUGACAAAUAUCCGCUGCCAUUGAUUCGUGAUAUCUUCGAGGCUCUAAGUGGAUCAAAAGUCUUCACCACACUUGAUUUGACGAAUGCAUUCCAUCGUUUCAAGAUCAAAGCAGAGGAUCAACAUAAAACGACCUUCACUCACAAUGGCCGUCAAUAUAUGUUCCAAGGCUGCCCAUUCGGCCUCAAACCUAUAUCCUCCAAAUUUCAACGUGUCAUGCAUCGCAUCUUUGAGAAUAUGCCAUUCGUACAAACAUUCGUUGACGACAUUGUCAUCCACUCACCAGACAUGCACACACACACGCAACAUGUCAAACAAGCCAUACAAGCAUUGACAGAUGCCAAUCUUAUUCUUAACCCUGCCAAAUGUCACAUGGCACAAACCCACAUUUACCUUCUUGGCUUUGCUAUCAGUCACAAGGGCAUCUCCCUCGACAAACGCAAACUUACCAAUGUGCUGGAAUGGCCUAUACCCAAAACUGGCAAAGAUGUACAACGUUUCCUUGGGAUCGUCAACUACUUUCAGGAACACAUACCCAAUGUAGCAGCUAUACGAGCACCCUUGGAUCGACUUCGCAAUCUCGACUCGCUACAAGAUAUCUGGAACGAUGAACACCUACAAUGCUUUCAUAAGCUUAAACGCACUUUGGAAGCUGACGUGCUCUUAGAGUAUCCUGAUCUUUCGCAACCUUUCUUUGUGGCAACAGAUGCCUCCAACUAUGGCAUUGGCGCUACAUUGUUUCAACGCAUUGAUGGCAAAGAGCGCUACAUCUCCUUCGUGGCUCAUGCACUCUCACCCUCUGAACGCAACUAUUCCGCUACCAAGCGUGAAUUGCUAGCCGUCAUGUUCGCAUUACGUAAAUUCCAUCAAUAUUUGUGGGGUAACCCAUUCACUUAUAUACUGAUCAUCGUGCUCUAUGCUAUCUACAUACACAAAAGGUAG